GAAUCGCCCCGACCUGCAUUAACGAACGCGCGUGACGUCAUUGCGAGUGCCAAACAAACCGCCCAACUUGCCUCCCGCCAGUCACUGCCUUGGUUUUGACUAACCAUGAAUGCCGAUGUUGGCAUUGAAGACCUGCUGUCAGCUCAUCGUGGCCUUCACGAAAUCAUCAGCUCAUUUACCGCAGAAGAUAAUGACGGGGAUGGAAUUGUUGACGUGACGACCCUGCUCAGCGAGGGUUUGAACAGGUCCAUUUCUUCACAGCAAGUGAAUGAGUUCCUAAGGGAUGUGUCUGUGUUGGCUGAUGCUCAGAGGGAAUUGGUCAACAUAAAUGAGAAGAUGAAUAGAGCGACACAAAAUGAGAAGUCUUCAACAUUAACCCACAGUGAUAUACUUGGUGAUAGGAUUUUCUGGUGCCGUGAAGCUGAGCUACACAUCCGAACCAUCAUUGAAAACAAGGACCUACUGAUUUACCAUCUCCAACAACCUUUAAUUGCAAACUUCCUCACAAUGCAUCACCAAUAUCACAAAGACUUAAUUAUAUUGACCGGAGAACUAGCCGAUAACUUAAAUAAUGUUUGCUUUCACAUACAUCUGAUAGAGGACCAUGCUCAGAACUCUUUCCUUCAAAGAUCAGACACAUACAUCAGCCAUGUUACAAAGAUUGUGACAGAUUUGAGAAAUACACUAAGUGACAUCACAAACCUUCAAGCCUUAGUGAUUGGGAUGCUUGGAGCUCAAGAAUAAACCUUACAUACAUACAUAUAUCAAUAUGCAUAUAUAUACAUAUGUAUAUGUAUGUGUGUGUGUGUGUGUGUGUGCGUGCGUGUGUGUGUGUGUGUGUACAUACAUAU